GCAAGGCGGCGCUCGUGCACGGCGAAGUGGUUUGAUCACGUGACCUCAAACAAGCAAGAUGGCGGCCUCUUCGUUGGAUGACAAGGCGAUCUGGGACGACGGAGAUGAGGCGCUGGGAGAAGAAGUCAUGCGAAUGUCCACAGAUGAAAUCAUCAGCAGAACUCGGCUGCUUGAUAAUGAGAUAAAGAUUAUGAAGAGUGAAACGAUGCGGAUCUCACACGAGCUUCAGGCUCAGCGAGAGAAAAUCAAAGAGAACACAGAGAAGAUCAAGGUCAACAAGACACUGCCUUACCUGGUGUCCAAUGUUAUAGAGAUCCUGGACGUGGAUCCCCAGGAUCAGGCGGAGGAGGACGGCGCCAACGUGGAUCUGGAUUCCACCAGGAAAGGGAAGGCUGCCGUCAUCAAAACCUCCACCAGACAGACGUACUUCCUACCUGUCAUUGGCCUGGUGGACGUGGAACAACUCAACCCUGCAGAUCUGGUGGGAGUAAACAAGGACUCGUACCUGAUCCUGGAGAAGCUGCCAGUGGAGUAUGACUCCCGCGUGAAGGCGAUGGAAGUGGACGAGAGACCAACAGAACAGUACAGCGACAUCGGAGGGCUCGACAAGCAGAUCCAGGAGCUUGUUGAAGCAGUAGUCCUGCCCAUGACACAUAAGGACAAGUUUGAGAACCUGGGCAUCCAGCCUCCUAAAGGUGUUCUCCUGUACGGACCCCCUGGGACGGGCAAGACUCUGCUAGCCAGGGCCUGCGCUGCACAGACUAAGUCGACUUUCCUGAAGCUGGCGGGACCACAGCUCGUUCAGAUGUUCAUCGGAGACGGAGCCAAGAUGGUCCGGGACGCCUUCGCGCUGGCCAAGGAGAAGAGGCCGGCUAUCAUCUUUAUCGACGAGUUGGACGCCAUCGGCACAAAGCGGUUUGACAGCGAGAAGGCAGGAGACAGGGAGGUCCAGCGUACCAUGUUGGAACUCCUGAACCAGAUGGACGGAUUCAGCUCUACUAUGGAUAUCAAGGUGAUUGCGGCCACCAACAGAGUAGACAUCUUGGAUCCCGCGCUGCUGCGUUCCGGACGUCUGGACCGUAAGAUCGAGUUUCCGAUGCCCAACGAGGAGGCUCGGGCGCGUAUCAUGCAGAUCCACUCUCGGAAGAUGAACGUCAGUCCUGAUGUGAACUUUGAGGAGCUGGCCCGCUGUACAGAUGACUUCAACGGGGCUCAACUCAAAGCUGUGUGUGUGGAGGCUGGAAUGAUAGCUCUUCGAAGAGGUGCGACAGAACUGGUGCAUGAAGACUACAUGGAUGGAAUACUAGAGGUGCAAGCCAAGAAGAAAGCCAACCUGAACUAUUAUGCCUAGAAACUAAAGUACUGUUUGUAUCUUUACCCAACAUAAAGUUCCAGUUUCAUGUCUUCUUCUGAAGUUGGAACUUUGUGUAACAGGAGAAGUAUUGGGGAUUCCGUUGAUAAAGUACAUUUAAUAUUUGCGGGACAAAACCACAUAUGCUCAGUGGAUUAACAGUGGCAUUUUGUAGGCUAGUAAGUGUAAGGGACAUACCAUGGUUCAAGAUACAUUCACAGUUGCAUCAUUCAUUUUCAACAAAGGUAUCUGUACUAUGACUUCUGAUCUUAUCUUCUGUGUUGGUAGAAGUCAUUAUGCAGCAAGUUUAAACUGUAGUUUCCAACACAAGAAAUUGGACUCACCCAAAUUUUCGACUGUACAACUCCAGUCUUCCUUGACAAAAAUUUGGGUGAGUUUUAACUUGCUGCAAGAUGUACAUAACAGACUUCUGAUGUUAGAAUAUUUGAAAGACCGUAUGCUACAUUGCAGGAAUGGGGAUAUCUUUUUGUUUUCACAACAUACUCAACAUCAUGUAAGUACACUACAAAAAGAAACAGGAAAAACUGGGUCUGAAGUGAAUAUUUAAACAGUUCUAAGCACCACAUGGCUAAAGGUGGCAGUACCUGGCUUGUUCAGUUUAAUCUUAUCUAGACCAUACCUUAUACAUGUGUAUUGUUUGUGACUGAGAGGACUUUGACAUAUUAUCCAAAAUGCAUAACCAGAAUCAGUUUAUUAUAUCACAAGCUUUCUGGAACGCGAUUCUGUACAUAAAGUAACUUAGAAGUGAAGCUUUGAAACACAUACUUAAGGGAAUCUGUGAAACAUAGGGAUUACAAUGUUUGAUUCUACAUCUAUUACUAGGAGUAAAGAAUGGACAUUUUCUCUGA